GCCUGAGUCCUUCGUUCGGUCUCCCCGGUAAACAGUGAAUCCAUCCGGCGUGAUGGCGCAGUCGGGGACGCUGGGCUCCAGCCAUGUCUCUGUGAAGGCCAGAACGCAGCAGUUCCUGAUGUCUUGUUGGUGUUUAAUCCGUGCACGCAGCUCGUCAAGUUUGUUGUCCAGAGACUGGAGAUUCGCGAGCAGGAUGCUGGGGAGAGGUGGUGUGGUGGAGUUCCCUUUUAUGCAUGUGAAAGUACACACUGGGGAGCAAGUAUAACGCACCAUUUAAGUUGCAGUGAGAAUGGCAGUGAGGACUGCAGAGAGACUACACGGUUACUCCAACCGAAGCUUCAUCUUGGACUGCUGCUGUGCCGUCCUCAGUGAAAGGUCUCCUUGGCUCAUGUGUGGUGAUCCCCUGCUCUUAUAACUACAAAGAACCACAAAAAUACCCCAAAACCUUCACAGGGAUUUGGUACAAUGACAAUAAUCAAGUGAUCUGUCAUUCUGAUGCAUCUAAAACUUCGAGUCAGUUUCGGAAUCGGACAAAGCUGCUGGGAGACCUCAGCAAGAAGAAUUGUUCUCUGAUGAUUGAUAAAUUUACAAAAAGAGAUGCAGGGACCUUUCAUUUCCGGAUUGAAAUAAAAGAUUAUGAGCUGUUUUCCUACUCAAAGAACAAAAUCUCUGUUUCAGUGAUCGAUGAGCCAAAUCCCAUUGAUUUCUUUCUGCAAGACGAGGUAAAGGAGGGUGAGAAUGUGUCUGCAUCCUGCUCUGUGUCUCACUCCUGCCCCACAUAUCCACCUUCUUUCAUCUGGAGUCACUCUGGAGAGAAGCACGAUCAAACACAGCAGCUUCAGAAUGACCAGUGGAAAGCAACAUCUACUUUGACCUUUCACCCAAACCGCACUCAUCACAAUCAACCUUUACAAUGCAGAGUUACAUACCACGGUGGAAAACAUCAGGAACAAUCCAAGACCCUUAAAGUAAAGUAUGCUCCAGUGAAUGUAAAGGCUGAGUACCAGUCAGAUGUGAAUGAGGGAGAGACUGCACACCUGAAGUGCUCCAGUGAUGCAAACCCUGUCAGCAGCUAUGAGUGGCACAAUGAAACUGGAGCUCUGCUGAAUAAGGGACAAACCUACACAAUGUCAAAUGUCUCCAGACACUCAGAGGCCGUGUACUGCACUGCUGUCAAUGAAGAAGGACGAAACAGAUCAAGCACCGUGAAGCUCAAUGUGUUAUAUCCCCCUGAUAUUGAGACUUCCUCUAAGUGUUUCUCAGAGGAUGGUGUGGUAAAGUGUGAGUGCAUCGUGGAGUCCAGGCCUCCCAGCAUUGUCCAUUUUGUUCUUGGGGACAGAGUCCUGCAAAGCACCAACGUAGAGACAGUUGGCUCUGUUACUACUGGGACUCUGCAGACAGACUUUGGGUCCUUUAACUUUGUUCACUGCCUGGCAAACAACACACUGGGAAAUGCUAACCUCACACUAUCGUUACCUGCUAAUGACAACAUGCAGAAUAUUUUCAUAGCCUCUGGAGCAGGUGUGAUUUUUUUGAUUAUUCUGAUAGCAACUGGAGUGGGAGUUGUUAAAAAAUGCAGGGGGAGAUCAGGGGAGACACCAACAUCUGACUUGGACACCAUGAAAGCAGAGAGACCUGUGGAGCUCCCUCGUUAUGCCCCAACAAAAAGGAAAGAGGACAGGAAGGAUAUGUCUUGCUCUGACAUUUAUGCCAAUGAUCAUGUCUAUGGCAAUACUGACUGCGAUGAGUCAAUAUACAACAAUGUGUAGUGUGUGGAAGACCAGCUUCAGUCCAUGUUGUUAUGUGAGUCAAGAAAAAAGAAAAACCUUAAACAAUUUGAAAUAUUAAUUGCAUUUCAUUUUCUUU